CCCCGUCAUUUUAGAUCUCCUCCCUCAUCCAGAUAUAAAUUUCUGAAUUUCGCGAUUUUGCCUCUUUAUUUUAUUUUAAUAAUUUUCUUCGAAGUUUGUUGUAAGUGCAAAAAACGGAGGAGUGGAAUCCAGGAAAUCAUCUCUUCACGAUUUCCCACCAAAAAAUCGGGAAAAAAAAGGAAAAUCAGGGGUAGGGUUUCCCCUUUCCAUCAAUCGAUCACCGUUCGAUCAAUCGACGUCAUCUCCGGCUUGUUCCCGCCGUCUGAUCGACCCUCUUUUUUCAAAAUACGUUGUUGAUUUCGUUUAGAAAUCAUAAUCCGGUCAUGUUUCAUUCCAUUUCCUGUUCAAAUUUAAAGCAUUAGGGUUUGCGUUUGAAAAGGAUUAUAAAUAUUUCGUUUUUUUUGGGGUUUCCUUUUCUGCUUUGAUCAAAUUGUCCAAAUUCUGUAAAUUCGGUGAUUAGGGUUUGUAAUUUUGUGCGUAUUUGUUUUCAUUUCUGUUGAAUUCUUGGGGCUAUGCAUAUUGAGGAAUUGCAGGCAGGGGAAGGGGCGGAAAGAGCUGGAGAAGAAGAAAAUAAGAGUUAUUAUGGAAGUAAUGAGGUCUUGGGUAUUGAAAGAAGCGUUGAGGAAUGGAAUGCGAAAAGGGUAUUGGUAGGUGCGGGGGCUCGUGCACUGUUUUACCCGACCUUGUUUUACAAUGUUGUUAGGAACAAGAUUCAGCCUGAGUUCCGGUGGUGGGAUAGAGUUGAUGAGUUUAUACUGUUAGGUGCUGUUCCAUUUCCUACUGAUGUUCCAAGGCUAAAGGAGAAUGGUGUUCGUGGAGUAAUCACACUAAACGAGCCUUACGAAACUCUGGUUCCUACAUCUCUUUAUCAUAAUUAUGGCAUUAACCAUUUGGUGAUCCCUACAAGAGACUACUACUUUGCACCAUCUUUGACAUCGAUAUGCCAAGCAAUUGAUUUCAUUCAUAGAAAUGUGUCACUUGGGCAAACUACAUAUGUCCACUGUAAAGCUGGUCGUGGCCGCAGCACAACCAUUGUAUUGUGUUACCUGGUAUAUUAUAAGCAGAUGACACCUGUUUCUGCAUAUGAUUAUGUGAAGUUGAUCAGGCCAAGGGUGCGUUUAGCUGCUUCCCAAUGGCAGGCUGUUGAAGAGUUCUACUAUCUUAAAAUGAGGAAGGCUGGCUUCCACAGCUACAUGAUGGAUUUAAUUUUAAGAACUUCAGACUUGUCACCUGCACGAGACCUUGUGACUUUUGAUGAUGGUUCGGUAGUGGUGGUAACAGAAGCUGAUCUUGACGGAUACGACCAGAGUCUUGAAUCAGGUGCCGUGGGAAGUACAAUAUGGGCAGAUCUUAGCAUGGUUUAUCGAGUUAGAGUUGUCGGUCAGGCAGCACUAGCAAGAAUCUCGUGCUUGUGGAUAACCUGCCAAGCACAUCAAAAGAUAUCAGCAAAGAAACUCGCUACAGAAAGCAGCUGCCUUGGAAGUACCAUCAGUGUGGACAUCCAUGUCUACUGAAAACCUGCUGUUACAACACAGGAGAUGUUGUAGGUAACAUCGUCCCUUUUUACCUUCUCGUGUACGUACAUAAAUAAAUCGCGAAUAAUAUUUUCUUUAGGCUGAAGCAAAGUAUAUAUGCUUGUUCUUCCCUUGUAAAUUGAGUUGCCGUUGCUUAUGAAUGGAACAAAAGAUAGAGCAUAACUGCUUAAGGAUCAAAUUGUAUAUCAUUCUCAUAUUGUAUGCAAAUAUUUUACAUGUCUUAACGAA